UCUACAGAAUCCGACGGAAAACUGGCUUUGAGCUGGUACAUUAUCUAGCAACUAUUAGCAAAAUGGAGUUCUUCCACUCUAACUCCUUCUCCUCCCAAGUCCGGCACCUCAUGGGCCAGCAUCACAUACCCGGCCUUGCCAUCGCCAUCAUCCAGGACGAUGAGGUCGCUUCGGCAGGCUAUGGCUACGCCUCGCUCAACCCGGAAAAGCCAUGUACGGCAGAUACACUAUUUGAUAUCGCAUCAUGCUCCAAGUCGAUGACCGCGGCGUCAGUCGCGCUACUCGUCGAGGACAACGAGAGGCAUCCGGAGGUACAAUGGGAGGUGACCAUGUCGAGCUUGCUUCCCGAAGACUUCGUGAUGCCUGACCUCGAGGACACUAAACGUGUAACUAUCGACGACGUCUUGAGCCAUAUGACCGGGAUGGCUGACAACGAAACAGCACUCCUAGGCAACCGAUCAGCGCACCAAGACACGCCGCGCUCAAUCACGCGGAACCUGCGGAACCUCCCCAUGGCGCACCCUUUGCGCGCGAAAUGGGAGUACUGCAACAUCAUGUACAGCGCAGCCGCGCACCUAGUCGCGGAAAAGAGCGGGCAAACCUUCAACGACUUCCUCGAGACGUGCAUCUUCCGCCCCCUCAACAUGUCAUCAACCAGCCUCCAGCCCACCAGCGCCGAGGCGAAAGGUUUCGGCGACCGGCUCGCGAAAGGCCACGACUGGAAGUGGGACUCGGAGAAGGGGGGAUACAUCGAGUUCCCACAACUCGCAGAAACAGAAGGCGAGGGCGCAGGCUGCGUCGUGACAAGCGCAAACGAUUUCAUAAAAUGGGUCAAAGCAUUCCUAAACCGCGAGGGCCCCAUAAGCGAGAAAGUGUACCGCGGGCUCACGCGCCUGCGCGCCGUGACCGAGCCGGCGGCGGGCGUCAAGGGCGCGCGCCGCUUCGAGUCGCCUGAGAUGUACGCCGCGGGGCUCGAGGCGUCGUGGUACCGCGGGUACGCUAUCGUGGGCCACUACGGCAACGUUCCGGGUUUCGGGAGCCGGUUUUUCUUCGUGCCGGAAAUGGGUUUCGGGGCCGCGUUUAUGGGGAACGGGAGGCGCGCGAAUAGGGUUAUUACGGCGCUGUCGCGGGUGUUGAUUAAUGCGGUGCUGGAUCUGCCGCCGGUGCCGAGGCCGGUGAGGAAGGUUGGGAAUGCAAAAAGGGAUGUUGUAGUUCGUGCGAAAAACCAGACGGUUGGUCAGGCUGAAAGCGCCUCCGACGAGACCAAAGAGGUCGGUGGUGAGCCAAAGAACGAGAAAUCCAAAGACCAAACAACGGCAAGGAACCCAAAGGCGCCCAAAUCCAAGAAGCCGCAACAAGAGAAAAAGCCGCGACCUCAAACGAAACCCCUGGGCGACUACGUGGGAAAGUACUGGCACCCGGGGUACCACAGACUGACGGUCUCGAUCAAAGACGACAAGCUGUUCAUCGACGCGAUGGACCGCUCGUACUACGGCAUGACGCUGACGUUCGACCACGUCGCCAACCAUACCAAGUACACCGCGCACCUGAACUACGUCAACGAGACCUUCGACGAGGAGAUCCGGGCCGAGUUCGUGUUUGGCGAGAGCGGGCGGGCGGUGAAGAUGGGGUUGAAGUUGGAACAGGCGUUGAACCAUUUAAUUUGGUUUGAGUUGGAGAAUGAUACAUGAUGGGGAAUCUAGUUAGGUGUUUCUGAUUGUGGGUUUGCGUUUUAGGGAGGAUUCUAUUGGUGGCAUACCGACAGGAUAGGGGACAUUCGUUUAUAGCCGGGCGUUUAGUAAUUAAUUCACGUAUGGACUUCGGAAUUCUUGAGUAGGGUUGAAUUCCUUUAGGCUUCCUUUUGCCAGAAACCAGCA